ACAGUCCCGGGAAAGGCAGUGUUGUUUUUUCGUUCUUUGUGAAAGUUGGUUGGCGGUGUGUUCGGGAUUGGGAGGGGGUUCUCGCCCCUUUGGACGGGGAGCCGGAGGCGGAUUAUUCUCUGUGGGGCAACACCAACAAUUUUCCUUCGGUGAGUAUUGAAGCCGGUUCCGAGCGGGGAGGUCUGACGUUCAACCUGCGGUGAAAGGUCUAUUGGAAGAAAUACCCCAACUGGAAGCAAACCACAGCUGAAGACGGGAACAGCAACAAGUGAACCAGCCCGAGGACUGAGAGCAUCAACUAGAGAGAACGCUCCUGACUCAGAGUUUCCAUUGAUUCAGUCAGGAGAAAGUUUGGUUAAAAAUGACAAGGAAUUUGUCUAUGGGAAUGUCUAACACAACACACAUGUUUUGCUGUCUCUUUUGAUAUUUAAGAAGUGGAGCAAGGGAUUCACUCGAUUAUCCUUCCUGCUCAGACUGUGGCGAGGGAUUUACUCGGUCAUUUCAAUUGAAGGUACAUCAGCAAGUUCACACCGGGACAAGGCCAUUCACCUGUUCUGUUUGUGAGAAAGGAUUCAGUCGUCUUCCCACCUGUGGACACACUAGUCAGAUCACACUGGGCAGAAGCUCUUCAUCUGCUGAAUUUGUGGGGAAAGAUUCAUUUUGUCAUCUAACCUAAUGGCUCACCAGCGAGUUCACACCAGAGAGCGGCCAUUCACCUGCUCAGACUGUGGGAAGAGAUUCACUCAGUCAUCCCAACUGAAGGCACAUCAGAGAGUUCACACUGGAGAGAGACCAUUCACUUGCUCAGAAUGUGGGAAGGGAUUCACUCAGUCAUCCGACCUACUCACACACCAGUCAGUUCACACUGGCGAAAGGCCAUUCACCUGCUCAGACUGUGGGAAGGGAUUCACUCAGUCGUCCGCCCUAAUGGCACACCGACGAGUUCACACUGGGGAGCGGCCGUUCACCUGCUCGAACUGUGGGAAGAGAUUCACUCGGUCAUCCCAACUGAAGGUACAUCAGCGAAUUCACACCGGGGAGAGGCCACUCACUUGCUCAGACUGUGGGAAGGGAUUCACUCGGUCAUCUAACCUAAUGGCACACCAGCAAAUUCACACCGGGGAGAGGCCGUUCACCUGUUCAGACUGUGGGAAGGGAUUCACCUGCUCAUCCCAACUGAAGGUGCAUCAGCGAGUUCACACUGGAGAGAGACCAUUCACUUGCUCAGAAUGUGGGAAGGGAUUCACUCAGUCAUCCGACCUACUCACACACCAGUCAGUUCACACUGGCGAAAGGCCAUUCACCUGCUCAGACUGUGGGAAGGGAUUCACUCAGUCGUCCGCCCUAAUGGCACACCGACGAGUUCACACUGGGGAGCGGCCGUUCACCUGCUCGAACUGUGGGAAGAGAUUCACUCGGUCAUCCCAACUGAAGGUACAUCAGCGAAUUCACACCGGGGAGAGGCCAUUCACUUGCUCAGACUGUGGGAAGGGAUUCACUCGGUCAUCUAACCUAAUGGCACACCAGCAAAUUCACACCGGGGAGAGGCCGUUCACCUGUUCAGACUGUGGGAAGGGAUUCACCUGCUCAUCCCAACUGAAGGUGCAUCAGCGAGUUCACACUGGGGAGAGGCCGUUCACCUGCUCAGAAUGUGGGAAGAGAUUCACUUGGUCAUCCCAAAUGAAGGUACAUCAGAGAGUUCACACUGGAGAGAGGCCGUUCAUCUGCUCGGACUGUGGGAAGGGAUUCAUUUGCUCAUCCCAGCUGAAGGUACACCAGUCAGUUCACACUGGGGAGAGGCUGUACACUUGCUCAGUCUGUGGGAAGGGAUUCACCCGGUCAUCUCAGUUACUGAGACACCAGUCAGUUCACACUGGUGAGUGGCUGUUCACCUGCUCAGACUGUGGGAAGGGAUUCACUGAAUCAUCUCAACUGAAGGUACAUCAGAGAGUUCACACUGUAGAGAGGCCAUUCACCUGCUCAGACUGUGGGAAGGGAUUCACUCGGUCAUCCGACCUACUGGCACACCAACGAGUCCACACCGGGGAGCGGCCAUUCACCUGCUCAGACUGUGGGAAGGGAUUCACUCGGUCAUCCGACCUACUGGCACACCAGCGAAUUCACACCGGGGAGCGGCCAUUCACCUGCUCAGACUGUGGGAAGGGAUUCACUCGGUCAUCUAAGCUGAAGGUACAUCAGCGAAUUCACACUGGGUAGAGGCUGAUCACCUGCUCAGACUUCGGGAAAAGAUUUUCUCAGCCAAAUCAACCAAGUAGGCAUCAUUGAGUUCUUACCGGGGAGUGUCCGUUCACCUGCUGUGAAUGUGGUAAGCAAUUAACUCAGUAAUCAGACACAGACAUACUUUAUUAUUCCUGAGGGAAAUUGGGUUUCGUGACAGUCGCACCAACCAAGAACAGGAAAUAUAGCAAUAUGAAACCAUAAAUAAUUAAAUAAUACUAAGUCAAGUAUGCUGUUACGUACCCAGUAACUGGGUUAACAGACCAGCAGAAAUGGAAGGAUAUGUUGGUGUCUGGUGGUUCUUUAACUAAAGGUGUUUAUUCGUAAAAUAAACCAAAGAGUAUCAAUAAUGCAAAUAUACAUAUAAAACAGGUUAGCAAUAAUAAACAAGCUCUAUCAAUAUCUAGGGGUAUAUGAAUAGUCAUAAGAGAAUAUAAAGUUCAGUUCAGUUCGUCCAUGCUGAGGUAGCUGUUGCUGUGCUGCAAUUGGAGAGAGAGAGAGGGGGGCAGAAAGCGACCAAGAGAUUGGGCAGCUGCAGCAAGCAAACCUUCUGUUGUCUUCUUAUUCCGUUGUACCAUUGUGGUCAUUCGGUUAUGACCCCUCCGUUCUCAGCUAGACUGUUCUUCAGUGGUGGACUCAUCACCCUGGCAUGACUGGACACACACACAAGUCCCCACCAGCCCUGCCGUCACACUGUGAGCCUUUGUGACCGAUCUUCUGAUUCGGUCCUCUAAGCCCCCACCUUCCUGUGGGUGCACAACACUCGGUCAGUGUCCACUGGUGUGUUUGAAGAGUGUCUCCCCAGACCCGUCUUUUAUCCCCACUGACGGGGUAUCAGCCAUCCAUCAACUCAAUAUGUCUAUGUCCAUCAAGCUAGGCCACUCCUGCUGUCUCUUCAGGAAUGUUAACGAGCAAAGAAGUGUCCCGGCAGCAAAAGGUUUCGUUUACCUGUCCAUCAGUGAAGCAGCCAUAAUACCUAAAUCAGUCGUCUCUCUCUUAUCUGUAGCAGAUAUCUCUACCUCUGUUCUUCAUCUCUCUCUCACUCUCAUUAGCUGCAUAGUCCUCAAAGGGGGGGGGGGGGGAAGGGUCAGCUCUGGACCCCAUUUCCAUCAGGUCUGUUCAGCACACAUAACACCCCCACCCUUCAAAGAAUCUUCACCGGGUUGAAAAUUCACUAGUAAAGCACAUUACAGAGUCUAAUCUAAUACAGAAGUGGUCUUUAACUACAAGGAUAACACAGGUAUACUUUCAAAUUAACACCUGGAUAAACAAUCAGCAAUUACAUUGUCAUUUCCCUUUACAUUUUGUAUUUUAAUAUCAAAUUCUUGUAACAACAGACUCCAACUAAAUAACCAUGUAUUUUUAUUCUUCAUGUUUGUCAAAAAUACCAAGGGGUUGUGAUCAGUAUAGACUAUCACUGGUUUCUACGCUGGACAAAUGUCGACCUCAAAUUGCUGUAAUGCCAGGGUAAGUGACAGUAAUUCUUUUUCUACAGUGGAGUUAAUUCUUAGCUUAGGUGUAUAUCAUAAAGAGUGAACCAAUACAUGUGUGAUUAUAAUGUAGUACAUUACAGAAGUUUGUGCAAAUAGUAAUCUCUGGUUUACUGCUAAACCUCACUUUCAGUCAACCUGCUAUGAUAUCAUCUUUAACUUUCACAAGCUUCGUCCAGAAAAACAAAGCUGAUCACCAAAUAAACUAAGCCCAUUUUCUGAACUUCCACACCCACUCAUUAAUUUUAAGCAGGUCAUUAAUUUUAUCUUCAGGAUAUUUAAUUUGAUUAGUUUCCUUGAUGACACUAGCAGAUGGUCUCUCUGGGCCAAAACAACACUUUAAGUUCUGCCUCUCCAAAUCACAUACUUGAGCAACAUCACCAAGUUGUUUAUCCUUAAAUUUCAAAACAAACAUCUUGUUAACAAACCAUUGUUUAGUUAACGGUCUCUUCCCUUUGCACAACAGUCCUGGAACCAAACCCGAAUUUACAUUUACUUUAUUCAAAAGUCGAGUAACACUUUUUCCCUCAGUAUCUUCAAUAACAUCCAUCUCACCAGCUUUUAUCUCAUCACUGACUUUUAAUACACGUGACUGAGAAUCCUCACUCUCUACUGGUGCCAAGGUUAACCCUUUCUUCAUGGAACCAAGUCCAUUUGACCCAAAAGGAUUGCAUUCCUUUUUAACCAAAUCAGACAUUUCAGACCUUUCCUGAGUCUCCACACAAGGUUCAGUAACCUGAACACAGGCCAAUGGGACAACUGCCUCUUCUAGGCUUUCAAUACCAGUCCCAGUUUCAAAUUCCAAGUUCCCCUUAUCCUCCCAGUUACUCUCUGGGCAACACCCAUCUGGAGUAAACUCAACCUUGCAGGUUAAAACAACCUCGUCUGCUAACCCAGCGGACUCCCUCAAGGUAGCGGCAUCCUUUUCAUCUCGGAAAGCCUUUGCAUUAUUGAGAACACACUUAAAUUCUUCAACUACAACCAGCUCUGUCAAUCCAGAAACAUCAUCCGUGUCCAACCCUGGACCUUCUAACUGCCACAUCUGUUCCUCAUCUUGGCUCUGUGCCUCCAUAAAUUCCUUGCUCACUCCAAAAUGUCCACCCGGGGGUAUCUUAUGGGCCAAUUUCAAGAUUCUGUUCCUUGACAACACUGACUCUGCUUUGUCUCCCUUACUUUCUUUAGCCCCACUAUUCUCCGUUUUACCAUCCUCCAACCUCUCCUGGUACGGGGCUGGUAAAAACGUCUCAGCUAAAUCAAGGUUGGACUCGGCUAAAUCAGGGGUUGUCUUAACAGCUUUCCUCGACAUUCUUCUGGUGACUGCACCUGCGGGAUUAAAUUCAGGAACUAUGGGCGGGGGCUCAGUCCUGGCAGGCUUACUCGUGAGCUGAACUGCAGAGGAGACAUCCCCCCCGGCCAGGUCAUUCCCGAGUAAGACAUCUACAUGGGGUAUCGGGAGUGCAGCCCGUACCCCUGUCAUGACUGGUCCAGAUACCAGGUCACUCUUCAGAAAUACUUUAUGUAACGGUAUGGCCUCAGUUCCUUUUCCAACCCCUUCUAUCACGUUCACGUCACCAGUAUCUGCCUCACUAUUGAAUUCCAAUGCUCUGCUUAGGAUUAAGGACUAAAAAGCCCCAGUGUCUCUCUAGAUUCUUACUGGCACUGGGGGUGACCCCUCCCUCACAGGUACCAACCCGGUUGAAAGGGAUUUCUCACAUCCCUCCUGAACUCGGUUUAGCUCCUCUUUUAACGGCAUUUCAACCGGCUUAACACAGCCCGUCGGCGCGGUCGCCUUUCCUUUCCCCGUCUCCUUCUUUGGAGCAAAGCACUUAGAUGCUAUGUGGCCAGAUUUCCCACUGUUAUAACACACAACGCUAGGAGACCUGCCAGACGGCUUUUCCUCCUUGUCUUUUCCGGUAGACCCCGGCUUAGUCUCAGACUUAGCCGUUAGGCUUUCUCUACCACCCCUACUACUCCUGUGGUAGCACUUAUUUGGGGAAAAUUUCAUUUGAUGGGUUAAGGCGUAUUCAUCUGCUAGCUUGGCAGAUUCUGAUAUGGACUUAUUCUUCUUCUCAUUCAGGUAUCUCCGGACAUUAUCCGGAACACAAUCUUUUAAUUCUUCAAUCAGGAUCAUCUUUCGUAGGCAGUAGAAAUCCUCCUCAACCCCUUCUGCAGCGCACCAACGGUCAAAGUACACACACUUGUCGUAUGUAACCUCUGUGAACAUCUGAUUCCACUGCUUCCUUAAGUCCCUGAACUCUUGUCUAUAGGCUUCAGGUACCAGCUCAUAGGCCUGAAGGAUAGCCAGUUUUGCUUCCUCAUAAUCCUCUGCAGCCUCCAUAGACAACACUGCAUAUGCACGUUGAGCCUUCCUUUUAAGUACACUUUGUAACAACACCACCCACUUAUCUCUAGGCCACUUCUGGUUCACGGCCACUUUUUCCCUACAGGAAAGUGUUCUAACAACUCUGCCUUGAAUAUCUGCAUCGUGACAUAAUGUUCAGCUAUCUUACGUUGUAUCUCUGCCAUCAUCAUCCCUUUCUUAACCUCCUUGAAUUCCAAGGACUCCACCAUUUCCCAAAACUCAGACUUUUUAGCCUUCUUUAAUGCCACAAAGUCUGGACUUAACAGAAACUCGUCAACAUCCAUUUCUGCUGCCUGUCUUUCUGGUUUCUCACACAACCAGAUCAGAUAAGGGAAAUCUAUCAUUUUAGCUAAAGGCGUUUAUUAGUAAAAUAAGCAAAACAGUAUCAAUAAUACAAAUACACAUAUAAAGCAGGUUAACAAAAAUAAACAUAGAAGUGUAGGAAUAAUAAUCAAUAAUAAGAAACAAGCUCAAUCAAUGUCUAGGGGUAAGUGGAAACCAGCGCAGGACCAGCCUAUUGGCUCAGGAUGUCUGAAACUCUGAGGGAGGAGUUGAAAAGUUUGAUGGCCACAGGCAGGAAUGACUUCCUAUGACGCUCAGGUUUACAUCUCAGUGGAAUGAGUCUCUGGCUGAGUGUACUCCUAUGCCUAACCAGUACCUUAUGGAGUGGAUGGGAGACAUUGUCCAAGAUGGCAUGCAACUUGGACAACAUCCUCUUUUCAGACACCACCGUCAGAGAGUCCAGUUCCACCUCCACAACAUCACUGGCCUUACGAAUGAGUUUGUUGUUUCAGUUGGUGUCUGCUACCCUCAGCCUGCUGCCCCAGCACACAACAGAAAACACGAUAGCACUGGGCACCACCGACUCAUAGAACAUCCUCAGCAUCGUCCGGCAGAUGUUAAAGGACCUCAGGAAAUAGAGACGGCUCUGACCCUUCUUGUAGACAGCCCCAGUGUUCUUUACUCUAACCACAUGUAACUCUCGCUUUGGCCCUCAGCUUAAUAUGGGGGGUGAUAGACCCGCAGCCCGGCCAAACUAAAGAAAUCUCGUUUUGGUGGAUGCUGUGUGUUGUGUCCCCUGUAGUAAAUCAGUACCCUGAAAUACAAAACAGUACACAAUAUGUGAUUAAAUGAUUGAGCUUUAUAAUUCUUACUUUGACCCCAGGGUUAGUAAAGAAAACAAAAAAAAAAGAAAAAGGGUCCAGUCUCUCCAUUCAUGUCUUCUCAUCUCUCCCCAGCAAAAGAGCACAAAAUCUUUCUUCCAAACUCACAAGAAAGAACAUUUCUCUCAUUGGAUAGCCUCGCACUCCAAAACCCUAGUCAUAACCUAAACAUUGUUAUACUUGUGACAGACUACCAGUUUCACACUGGGGAGAAAGUUUCAAUAGGCUGCAUGCUGGAUAUUUGUCCAUCACUGUUGCUGAAUGCAAGUUCGAGACUGACUGUCGGUGCUGAACUCUGCAAUUAUUGCUGCUGCUCACCACACCCAGUCCUGCACCCUGGUCACUGGGCAUGGGAGGAGUUUUUUCUGCUGCACAUUCACCUUUAAUGGGACGGGAGUUUAAUAUUCUGGGUCUAAGACAAAUAAAUCAGUUCUAUGUUAAACUCUGUCUUGGUGAAUUUACAACACACCUAGUGUACAGUAGAGAGUCAACUCGGGCCAGCUGGACCCUGUGAUUCUGUCCACAACAGUCCUUGUAAAUCCUCCGGUUUUCCCCCUCUCACUCUCCCUGUGGUGAUGGGUUCCUAACAGUCACCACUCUGUGGGUGAAAAGGUUUCCCUUGAAUUUUCUGCUGACUGAAGAAGUCGAGCUGACUGCAGUUCUGUCUGAGAUGUUCUUCACCCCUCUAAUCUUUGGAUGAGGAAGAAUGACAUUGGGAGUUAAACUCCUUAAUCACAUCUCAUUUCCACAUUAUGGUUCACUUUCCCUGCUUCUAAAGUGUUGUUAGAGAACACCACUGUUCUCUAAAAACUGAAAGCAGAAUGGGAAACGAUUAGUUGAAUGCUCAAUGAAGCAGGGUCAGAAACCAGAGGCGAGUCUGCACAGGGCAGAGUUUGGGGGUCUGGAUGAUAGUUGUCGUAAGAACAUAUGAUGAGAAGGGGAUCAGCAGCAGAAUGAGGCAAUGAAUGACAGAGUAGCAACAUUUGGAAGCUGAUUGACAGAGAAAAUAAUUUGGUUGUCUGACUGAUGGCACAAACAACACCUGGGGUGCGGUGCUCCACUGGUUGAGGAACACGUGUGUGUUGGGAAUGGUUUUAUCUGUUGGGGGAGUUGUUCCUGUUUGUUUAUCCUGUAAUAUUAUAUCUGGAUGGUUCUUAUGGAUUGUCCUAUCUGAAAUAAUGUAUUGAUUAUCAUCUAAUUUGCUAGAUUUUGACACUAAAACUGUAUUGGGCUUGAAUUUAUUGUACCUUUAUGAAGUGAUGGAGGGCAUUCAUGAGUUUGUAUUUUAAAGCAAGAUUUUAGUGAAUGAUAUUUGCCAUUUCUUUGUAACUUUGUAAGUAAUCAGAUUGAGUAAAUCUGCUGCAGGAUC